AGGGCCACAGACAAAUAUAAGAAAGAUAGAUAGAGAGAGAUCUGAUCACCAUUUCGAAAGUACGAUUUGACGACGAAAAACAAAAAAAAAAAACAAGAAGAAGAAAAAUGGCAACAGCGGAUGAGAAGGUGGUGGAAGAAAAGGCGUCGAUGAUAUCAAGCUUGUUAGAUAAAGCGAAAGGUUUCUUUGCGGAGAAGCUGGCCAAUAUUCCGACGCCGGAAGCCACCGUGGACGACGUCGAUUUCAAAGGCGUGACACGUGAAGGAGUUGAUUAUCACGCCAAGGUCUCCGUCAAGAAUCCUUACUCUCAAUCCAUCCCUAUUUGUCAGAUCUCUUACAUCCUCAAGAGUGCCACCAGGACGAUCGCGUCGGGCACAAUUCCGGACCCGGGUUCGUUGGUUGGGAGUGGCACGACGGUUCUGGACGUACCAGUUAAGGUGGCUUAUAGCAUAGCGGUUAGUCUGAUGAAGGACAUGUGUACGGACUGGGACAUCGAUUAUCAACUCGACAUUGGACUAACCUUCGACAUCCCUGUCGUUGGUGACAUCACCAUCCCAGUCUCUACUCAGGGUGAGAUUAAGCUCCCCUCCCUUCGCGACUUCUUUUAAUUCAACUAUAUAUAGUUUUGCGUCUUAAUUAUCAUAUCAUUUUCAAUAAAAGCACCAUCGGUGAUCAUAGACGAUCGGAGUUUAUAAUUCUGGAAUCUUUUUUCUUUUGACUUUGUUACUGGAAUAUUAAGGAUUUUUAUUGGUUUAUGUGCUUUUCGUGGUGUGAUCGAUUUAUAUAACUUU